GUGAAACAUUUUUGGUUACUAGGUACCUACUUUAGUUUCCUGAAGAAAUUUGUCUAGUGUCAACGUAAGAGUUUAGUUACGGUGUUAAAAUCACACUACAAUAUGGCAUCUAUCAUCAAUUUUUGAGAGUGGGCAAAAUACCGAAUGAAGGAAUAAGUUAAAUAAAAUAAAAUUGAUCUGUCUAACAAACUUUUGUCACGUUAAAUUUCGUUAUAUUUUUAAUUGUGAUAAUUCCACUUAUAAUUCCGAUUAUAAUCCUAGAUAUAUUUAAUAUAUCUAUAAUGUUGACUGAAGAACCCGACAAGGAUCAAAGAAAGUUUGAAAAGUGUUCCGAAUAUGAGGCUUCUUCGGCUAAGGAAGGAUAUAGAAUUGAAAAAGACACUUUUGGUGAACUCAAGGUGCCCAAUGAUAAGUAUUAUGGAGCCCAAACUGUUAGAUCAACUAUCAAUUUCCCUAUUGGGGGAGAACGUGAGAGAAUGCCAUAUCCUGUUAUUGUUGCCAUGGGAAUAUUGAAAAAAGCAGCAGCAAUCGUAAACAAAGAUUAUGGUCUAGACACCAAAAUAUCAGAUGCAAUAGUUAAGGCUGCUGAUGAAGUUAUAUCAGGAAAGCUGUACAAAGAUCAUUUUCCGCUGGUAAUUUGGCAAACUGGUUCUGGUACCCAAACCAACAUGAACACCAAUGAGGUAAUCAGCAAUAGAGCCAUUGAAAUUCUUGGUGGUCAAUUAGGUUCAAAAGAUCCUGUCCAUCCAAAUGACCAUGUCAACAAAAGUCAGAGUAGUAAUGAUACUUUUCCAACUGCUAUGCAUAUUGCAGUAGCCAUGGAAAUUCAUAGAGUUCUAUUCCCAGGUCUCAAAAUGUUAAGAGAUUCACUACAGAAAAAAUCAGAAGAAUUCAAAGACAUUAUCAAAAUUGGUAGAACUCAUACUCAAGAUGCUGUUCCAUUAACUUUGGGUCAAGAAUUCAGUGGAUAUGUACAGCAGCUUACUUUUGGUAUUGAUAGGGUAGCUGAUACAUUACCAAGACUAUACAUGCUUGCAAUUGGAGGAACAGCUGUUGGAACUGGUUUAAAUACAAGAAAAGGUUUUGCAGAGAAAUGUGCAUCACAGAUUGCACAAGAAACUGGACUCCCUUUCGUAAGUGCACCAAAUAAAUUUGAAGCACUUGCAGCACAUGAUGCUUUGGUAGAAGUCUCUGGAGCUUUGAAUACAGUUGCUGUGUCAAUUAUGAAAAUUGCUAACGACCUGAGGUUUUUGGCAUCAGGACCCCGUUGUGGACUAGGUGAACUCAGCUUGCCAGAAAAUGAACCUGGUAGUUCUAUCAUGCCUGGCAAAGUGAAUCCCACUCAGUGUGAAGCCAUCACUAUGGCAGCAGCUCAAGUUAUGGGCAAUCAUGUUGCAACAACAAUUGGCGGAUCUAAUGGACAUUUUGAACUCAAUGUCUUUAAACCUAUGAUGGUUGCUAAUGUUCUAAGAUCUGUCUCUUUAUUAGGGGACAGUACUAAAGCUUUCACUGAACAUUGUGCAAAUGGUAUUGAAGCAAACAAGGAGAAAAUUGCCCAAAUCCUUCAUGAAAGUUUGAUGCUAGUUACUGCUUUAAAUCCACAUAUUGGUUAUGAUAAAGCUGCUAAAAUUGCUAAGACUGCACAUAAGGAAGGAACAACACUCAAAGAAGCUGCUCUCAAAUUAGGAUAUUUAACUGAACAACAAUUUAAGGAUUGGGUCAAACCAGAGGAAAUGCUUGGACCAAAAUAAAAACUUCAUACUAAAAAUAUAAAUGUUUUUGUUAUGUAAAUAAAACAGUAUGUAUAUAAUAUAAUUACCCCACUUUCAUUUGACUCUUAUAUAUUUUUUGUUUUAUUGUAGUCUUGUUGAAAAUUUACCAGAUUUAUUGAAAAUAAAACCUUUUUCAUGUUUAAUAUCUUUUAAA